GCCGACUCCACCGACAUGCAGCGUGUAGACCCCACUUAGCUGUAUCUUCUUCCCAAGUUUACUCAGGCUGCCCCCUUAGAGCUGAAGCACUCAUGACGUAGCCUGUGCCUUGCCUCCCAUCACAGAUGAGGUGGGACUGGGAAAGAGUGAAUGAGGUUUGAACUCAGGAAUUACAAGGCAGAACCUAUGUACGUAACUGGACGUCCUGGCUCAGUCCUUUCUUUUGCAGUCUUAUUUAAAGAUGCUGUCCUCCCUAGUUCCCAGCCUUCCACAUGCCACACCUUCACCUUCUGGGUGGGUAGUGUAGAAUAGAGGAUGAAGGAGAGCAUUUUCAUUUUGUCCUUUACCUAGCAAUUCAGCAGGUAUGUAUUAGAAAAUUAAAUAUUUAUUGUCAAUAACGUUUACACGGAGCCCUCUUUAGUAAAACAAAUAAUUAUGUUCUUAACAAAAACGAGGGUAGUAAAAAUCGAUGAUUUUGACUUUUGGAUAUAGGCAAAAUCUUGGGAUUGUUAAUAUGUCAAGAAUCUCUAAGGAAAUGUUUCCUAUAGGCCUAUCAUGAAACCUUUCUAUCUGCAUCAUUGUAAAUGAUAAGCAGUUCUCACAAGAAUGUUUCUCCUGUCUCUACAAAAAAGAAAAAAAGAAAAGAAAGACAGACAGAAAGAAAAGCCUCCUUUGUGGAUUUUCCAGUUUGUCAUUAACUGGAAGCUACAGGGCUUUCUUGUGUAUCCUAUGGAGUUCAUGCGGGGAGAUAUUCCAAUAGGAAGGACAGUCAUCAGCAAUAACUUGUGUUUUUCUAAACUUUGAAAAUGUUAGUGUGAAUGAUGUUCUUAAAGAUAAUCAUCUGCUAAAGCUUUUUACUUGAAAAUCCAAAGCUGUGAAAUUGCUAUGCUCCUUACUACAGGCUGACUGUGGGAGAACAAAUUGGAAGGGAGGCAAAGCUUGAGACAAGUGUCCAUCUUAGGAGUGGGAUGCAAUUCGACCCAAUUCAUUGCUUCAAAUCUGUCACCAGUUAUCUUGCAGAUAAGAUGGACAUACAAGAGAACCUAUCUGAUUUAUACAUCCUAAUCUGCCAGCUAGAUUACUAUGCACUCUCAAAGCUAAAGUAAUCUUACCUUAUGACUUAUUCUGUGCACCUCAUGAUGUUUGCAUACAUUGACAAUGUAGUAUGUGUGUAUUUAUUUUAGUGCCUUAAUAUAUUUUUGAUGCGGUAUUUUGCUAAUGGUUAAAUGAACUGUUCUCUUAAAGAUAAAAUGCUGUUCAUUGAAAGGAUCUGUUAGAUAAUUUACACUUGUUAUAAAAUAGUACAUGUGAAUGCUUUUGUCAUUUUUUUAUCUAAGUCAUUCAGUUUGAGAAUCAAUAUUAUUUAUUAGAUGCCCUUUCUAUAACCAAUGUUAUUUUUCAGUUGAUGCUCAGAAAUGUGAAAAAGUGAUAUUUUAGUACAAGUACAACGGUUGCAUUUGUUCUUAUGACAUAGCGUGGAGCCUUAUUAAUAUACUGCUUUGUUCUUCUUUGCCAAGGAACAACACUUCGGUAAAAAGUUGCUUAUCACACUGGAUCCUCAGUUAGAAGUGGCUCAUUCAUUACAUUUAUAACUUGCUCUUUGUCAUCUGUUUUAAAUUGUUUUGGCACAGACAACUCAUACUCAUAAUUCAUACUCAUAGAAAGUUAUACAGGUAUUCUAAAGGUAACCUUUAAGUGUGUUAAACUAUAUUUUUCAACCAGGAUAUAAUUUUGGAAACUAGCAUCUCCUUGAAAAGGAGCUUUGUCUGGGCGUGGUGGCACACUGAGUUCCAGGACAGUCACAGCCACACAGAGAAAUCCUAUCUCUAAAAGAGAUGUGCACAGCCACAGCCAGCAUGAGCAUGUUUUUAUGUCCUUGUAGUUCAUCUGUACAUCUUUAGAAUAUCACUCUAUGUGUCUUGUUUGUUUGUUUUUCGAGACAAGAUUUCUCUGUAGAUUUGGAGUCUGUCCUGGAACUUGCUCUGUAGACCAGGCUGGCCUUGAACUCACAGAGAUCCUCCUGCCUCUGCUAGGAUUAAAGGCAUGUAUCACCACCACCCUUCGCGCUCCAGUGCACUGCGACAUUCAGAGCAGAGAAGCCGUGCAGUGAUGUCGUUUUCUCAGGAACUUACGCAUUUUAAAAUGAGAUUUUUUUCUGCUAUUAAGAGAGUUAUUUGUAUAUCCCAAUAUAAAUGCCUUAUAAUUUGUGUUAUCCCCCACACUUGGGAGAAUAUGGUUUCCUUACCACAUGUGAUUAUUUGCAGCAAAAAGUUUGUCAUUUUGCCAUAGAGCAGCUUGUGCUUGUAUCCUAAUACGUACAUUGCACCUAUUGUUGCUGAACUUAAAGUCACAUGGUCUGUGCCCCUAACAAACCGGGUUGAGCAGUUCAUACACUAACUUGGAGUUCAGUGAAUAGUGGAAAGGGAGGCGUAUUCAGUGCGAGCACGUGGAGGAGAGCAACCAGAGGCUCCAAAGACUCCCAAGUCCAUCUCCAAGAGGGAGUGGAACUCAGCAGUCCUGCCCAGGCGGACUCACCAAGACUGACAGACAAGUGGUGAUCUUUCUCUAAGAAGUUCCUUUUCUGGGUGCCCAGGGCCUUUGCUCCCAGGAGUUUUUUGUUUUAUUUGUUUUUGUUGUGUUGUUGGGGGGUGGGGCUGACUAAUUAUUGGGGUCCAUUGUUUCGGUAAUGGCAGGAUGAUAAUACAAGGCAGGAUGGUCACACUAUUUUGACAAGUUUUAUACAGUGUGGUCCUUUGUGUUUUAAAGCACUUCAGGGACUGGGAUAUUGUUCCCGCCACACUUCGUUGCACAGAUGUACCUACCAGUAGUUACCUAUAGGAAAGCAUGGGAAAUAUGUACUUCAAGCUGAAAUCCCACUCAGCUAUCAUUUAGUUUGAACAAGUGGGACAUAAUUGCUUCAUUUAAAGAAUAAAUUUGUUUGCUGGCUUUCACAAGGCGGGGGUGGGGGGGUUGUUAGCUGAGGGUUCCUGCCUACAACACGGCUGCCAAGAAAAGAAAAUCGUCCCUGAGGAGUUGGCCGCUUUUCUAGGCGUGCGGGGAUUGACGAGCUCCUCCUUGGAGAGAAUUGGAAGCUUCCUUCAAGGUCCUGCAAAGACCGCAAGGGUUCCGGAGGGGCCGGCUGCCUGCUCACCCCGGGCCGCGCCCACUUUGCCUGACCCACCCUUCGCGCGCCAGCCCAGUGUGCUGCGACAUUCCGAGCAGAGAAGCUGUGCAGCGAUGUCUUUUUCUCAGGAACCCACCCCGGCUCCGGUGGCAGAGCCUCACACGGAGGAGGCGGCAGACUCGGUGAGCUUCAGGAGGGCGAGAGGGAAGGGGGGCUGCUAGGCUCUCCCAAGGGCAGGGAAGAGAGGCACCUGCCACUGCCCUUUAUCAGAUGCUGAACGAAGUACAGAGUUUGCUGCCACUGGGACACCCCAGAGAAAACAGAAUGGCACCCGGAGUCCUGACAUGAAGCAACAAGUAGGCAGGAAGGAAGGAUCAGUCAGGUGUCUUAGCGUCCUGAUCCCAGACCACUGCAGGUCCUCCUGGAGGCCUCUUCAGCCCUGGCCUCCCUUCCCCAAACUCCAGGCGGCUCCUGUGGAAUUAGCCUCCCUCUAAAAUCCUGGUGCUGCCCAAGUUCUUAGAAGGCUGGGCAUCCCCGUGUGCCCAGGUGGGGGCUUUGGAGGUGUGGGGAGUGGGCAAAGGGGACCCCAAGGUGUUCUUAGGCACUUUGUGUUCUCUUCAUGAGUAGAGCCGAGAUGGGGCCACCCCAGUUCCACUGCAAGGUUUUCCUGCGGCUUCAGUAGACUACCACCUCCACCCCUUAUCUCCAUUCAGGGUUUACUGUCAGGCAACUCAGCAAAAGAAAACGGCAUUCCUUAGCGGUGAGACCCCUGGUGCCUCCGUGUGCCAGUAGUCCCAGUUCCUGGAUGAGGCAGGAAGAUUCCUUGAGGUUCUGGGAAGACCUGAAGAGUCUUAACAACCAGAAAAGUGGAGGAGUAGAGAUGUAGCCUAGGGGCAGAGGGUUUGUCCAGCAUGGUAAGACUCCUAUGCUGGGGGCAGGGUAGAGUAGGAGACCCUCUGGGGCCUCUCAUUUUCCAGGAAAAUUCAAGGAAUUGAGGUGGUGUGAUCGGCGAAGAAAAAGAGAAAGGAAGGAAGGGAGACAGAGAGAGAGGAAAGAAACUGAGGCUGCCAUGAAGCUCCAGUGUGUUAAUUAUCCUAAUACUCUGAGGUGUAUAGAUCUGCACUUUCCUCGUCAAGAAACUGAGACUCAUCGUGCCUAAGCGCCUUGCCUAGGUCACAGCCAGUUGGUCAGUUUGUAAAAUGUAGAUUCCAUGGACUGAUGGGGUUAGGUGACCAAAUGACCAUUCCGAAGACUGCAAGACUGCUCACCUCAGUUUCUGCCAGAAUUUGUUUGGCUUCUGUUAUUUAAAACCUCCAUAGGCCCAUGUAGGGGAAAACUAGAAACUCAUUAUGGGAUGAGAAUCCACUGACACUGGAUUCUGCCAACUAAGCUUUUCGAGAAAUUGCAAUAAGGUUCACACAAAUGUCAAAAAAGUAUGCACCCAACCCUGAGAAUGGUUUUUCUCCUGGGGUAGGAAGCUUGUGUGAAGUGUGUGAUAAACCUUAUCUGGGAAGACCUCUUCCUUGCAGCCUGCCUGUGGUGCCUACAAGAUACAGAGAUAGGCAGAGUCCCAGUUCCUUUCCACCCCAUUUCUGUCCGCAGGCAAAGGAGGAAAAACUGGUUCCUAGCAUUAUCGAUUACAGAACACUUUACAGUGUCCUCCUGGUUAUUAUUGCUUUAAAAACAUACUAAGCCCCUACUAAUCGCCUAGGUACUAGAGGCCCCACAGUGAGUUAGAAAUUUAUGCUCUCAGCUUACAUGAGUAUGCCAGACACUGGGCAAUUCAGAGACCUGAGCUGUCGGGGAGGGAAUGCCUCUGAGGAAGAAACAUUUAAAUGGCAAGCAAUCAAUUCUUGAAAGACACAGAAGAACCUUCUAAAGAAAACAAUAUGUGUGUAUACACACAAAGUAUACACAAAGACCCUGAGGAAGCAGCAGUCAAAGGGUUUGAACGAUAAGAAACUCCCACCAAGAAAGCUAUUUGAAGAGAGGGAGGGAGUGGGAGUAAAGUGAGCUCCUGCAGGCCAUUUCCAGGACUUGGGUUUUUGCUAGACAAUAAAGACAGACAAGUUAUUGGUUUUAAGCGGAGAGCAGGCAUAGUCUAAUUUAUGUUCUUCAAAGAGCACUGGCUGCUGCAGGGGGAGUGGACUAGCGGCAGGGGAGCCACUUAGGAAGCUUGCCUGACAGGGGAAUUGGAAAAGAGAGGAACCAAGGAUGACAAGGUCGUGGCCUGGAUUGCUGAGCAAAUGUCAGUGUUAUUUAAUGCCCUGUGGCAAAUGGGGUUUGGAGCUGGCUUCACAGUGGGACGGCAGCAAGGACCUGUGUUUAGACCAUGGGACUGUGAGCUGGCAAUCAAAUGUUCAUGACUCUGCUGGAUGGCUGAGGGGCUGUGAUAUUCCACGUUCCAGGCUCUUAGACUAUUCUGUCAUACUGCUGGGUUGAUAAAGUCUUUCCAAAAGCAAGGGGAUAAGGUUUGCUGGUGUCUAUGGUGUACACACCCCCAUCAUAGCUGAUGUCAGGGAAAGUUGCAAGCACUGGACAACUGAGUGGCUAAAGAUACCUGCAACCAAGUCUGAUGAUCUGAGUUUGUUACCUAGGGUCCCAAUGGUAGAAAGAGAGAGAGCAUACUGUGACCUCCACAAGUAUGCUGUGGAGCAUCUCUCUCUCCCUCUCCCUCUCUCUGUCCCUCUCUCUCUCCCUUCCCCCCUCUCUCUCUCUCUCUCUCUCUCUCUCUCUCUCUCUCUCUCUCUCUCUCUCUCUCUCUCUCUCUCUCUCACACACACACACACACACACACACAAAUGUAAAAUAAAUCCAAACAUUGAACGAUAGAUUCUCAGAACCACUGUCUUGUUCAGUCAUCCUAACAGUCUUGUCAAGUUAGCAGGAAGAUUGCAUCCAAUGAGGAAAACAGCCUAGAAACAUAAAGGGAUGUGUUCAAGAUUACAUAGGGCCCACAGCUCAGAUUACUGACUCGGACAGAAAGUGGCUGUGGCAGGAAGCAUGGGGACAAAAUGCAAGGAAGAACUUCCCCCUGGAAUGGUGUAGAGGUCAUGAUUUAGAAUUCUGUUUCUUAAUUCUCUCUCACUUCUCCAUAGGGUGAUCUGGGGUCAAAAUGAGCCUUCGAGUCACCAGGAAAUAUAGGAUUUUUAUGAAAGUCACCGAGGCGCAGAGCGCUGAUUCCUGUCUCUAGGAAUAGGGGUUAGUUCCCAUGUCUCCCCCAGGACAGCAGAGCCGGUCGCCUCUCGGUCUGUACGAAGGUGUGCUAUGGCAUUGGUGGGGUCCCCAACCAGGUGGCCUCCAGCGCCUCAGCCUUCUACCUGCAGCUCUUCCUACUUGAUGUGGCACGGGUGAGUGUGGGCAGCCUCCCUGGUCUUUCUACCUCCUCUCCGCCCAUGCUGUCACUUUGGUUUUGGUAGAUCAUCCUUUGACCCAAGUUUGGUAACAUUUAAAAAGGCCGUAGAAGGAAAACUCUUUAAGGAUACUCAUCACGUCCUGCUUGUGCUAGGAAAAUGAGAAAAUAAUCAGGUAUGGUGACAGACACUUGUAAUCCCAGCAUUCCAGUAGAGAGGCAGGAGGCUCAGGAGUUCAAUCCCACCCUCUCGGCGGCAUGGUUAGAGCUUUCCCCCCUCCUCACCAGCUCUAUGUCCCUCAGACCUUUCUAGAAUCAUGUCCUGGGCAGGAGCCCUUUCCACAAGCAAGCAAGCCUGCCUGUGUUCUCUGACUUCACGGAGCCUUGACUAUCUCCUCUCGAUGAUUUCAGAUCCCCGCUGCCCAGGUGUCCCUUGCCUUGUUCGGAGGGAAGGUGUCUGGGGCGGUUGCAGACCCCGUGGCUGGCUUCUUCAUCAACAAAAGCAGAAGGACAAGGGCUGGACGGCUAAUGCCUUGUUCUUCCAGGUACCCUACACAGCGCUCACUAUGAUCCUCACCCCCAGCCCCAGGGAACGAGACUCUGCCACUGCAUACCGGAUGACCAUGGAGAUGGCAGGGACACUGAUGGGAGCCACUGUCCAUGGGCUCCUCGUGUCUGGUGCCCAUGGGUCUCGGAGGUGUGAGGAUUCUGUGCUCGCUGGGAGUGCUGCUGUGUCCCCAGAUGUAGCGCGCCUCUACUGCAUUGCGGCUGCUGUGGUUGCGUUGACGUACCCUGUGUGUGGCGGUUUGCUGUGCCUAGGAGUGAAGGAGAGGCCAGACGCUUCUGCCCCAGCGUCAGGUCCAGGCCUGAGCUUCUUCACGGGGCUGGCCAUCACGUCCCGGCAUCCGCCCUACUUGAGUCUGGUGGUCUCCUUCUUGUUCAUCUCAGCUGCCGUCCAGGUGGAACAAAGCUACCUGGUCCUGUUUUGUACACACGCUUCCCGGCUACAAGAACAUGUUCAGAGCUUGGUGCUAACCAUACUGAUCUCAGCUGUCCUGAGCACCCCUAUGUGGGAGAGGGUCCUCCAGCGAUUUGGGAAGAGGACAUCUGCGUUCGGGAUCUGUAUAAUGGUGCCAUUUUCCAUCUUGCUGGCUGCUGUGCCCUCUGCACCUGUGGCCUAUGUUGUGGCCUUUGUCUCUGGUGUGAGCAUUGCUGUGUCCCUGCUGCUACCCUGGUCCAUGCUGCCAGAUGUGGUGGAUGACUUCCAGCUGCAGCACCGGCAUGGCCCAGGCGUGGAGACCAUCUUCUACUCAUCCUACGUCUUCUUCACCAAGCUCUCAGGCGCAGGCGCCCUGGGCAUCUCCACCCUCAGUUUGGAGUUCGCAGGGUAUAAGGCAAGAGCCUGCCAGCAAGCAGAGGAAGUGGUGGUCACCCUCAAGGUCCUCAUCGGUGCUGUGCCCACCUGCAUGAUCCUUAUUGGUCUGUGCAUCCUCAUGGUUGGCCCCACUCCCAAGACGCCAAGCCAGGACACCUCCUCCCAGCUAAGCCUUCGGAGGAGAACUAGCUACAGCCUUGCCUGAAGUAGAAGGGGACUUCUGUGAGGAAGAGCAGAAGCCUGCAUUUUCUAGAAUUCUCUCUGUCCAGCAACCUGAGCAUAGCCUACCAACUUAGCACACGGCAUUUUCCCUUGCGAGUGGAGACUCUAGGGACAUCCCCUGAAGGGGCUGGCCAAGGCUCCGGGAACCCUACUCAGCACCUCCUUUCCUGUUGACCCUCGGCCUUCCAGGCUUGUAGCCCAGAUGACUCCACCUUCAAGAAACCUCAGACUCCGAGAGCAUCCUGCCGACUCCAGCCUGGACACUCCCUUUGCUGGAUGGCAGAGCUCCACACACAGGAGGUUUGCAGAGUCUCCAGUGGACACCUGCUGAAAGCGAAGAAAAGCUGGGACACCAUAUGACUGGGCAAACUGAGGACACAUGACGUUUUGGAGGCUAAGCAGACCCACCAUGGUACACGGGUGUUUGUCCAGCGUUUUUCUCUGCUCACACAAACUGAGGUGCUACCCCAUCAGCAUACACCUGAUGCUUCUAUCAAUAGACAGAGGAUGACGCAGAACCAUCAGAGGCCUUUCACUUUUUACAAAUAAAUGCAAAUGUAUUUUCUGAAA